CACUGUCCACAUUACCAAUUUCUUCGUAUACUUCUAGCAAUGCCAGCAGUAAAUCACAGAGAAGAAAUCUUCUGUCAAACUGCGAUAAAUCCAACAGCUGGCUAGCUUCAGUAUUCUGAAUCUGUGAUCUGGCUUCCACCGUGACACAACGUAGUUUUUUGCAGUUAUUGCAAUUUUUAACUGGUAACCCUAGUCACUGCGUAAUUGUUGCUCAUCAGUUAAAUGUGACAAAAGUUGGCUAGUUUUCUGGUUCAUUUCGGGACAAAAAGUCAACAGCGCGUCAAAUUCUUAUUGUUGUAUUCCGCACCCCAGGCCACCGUGCCAGACUAAUUGGGAAAAAAUCCUCUUGAAAAAGCUCCAAGAUGUCGCGCAACUUCUUGACAUCAAUGACCAACUCCAGCGCUUACGGACCCUAUGCCACGAAUUAUCCGUCGUUGUACUGGCCUUCACAGAACGAUGCGGCAACCAACUAUUUCGAACAAUACCGCGUUCCAACAACAACCACCGCAACAAUGGCCAACGUUACCACGUCUGCUGGAUUCGCUCCCCCGUGCAAAUACACGGAGCCUGAUUCCACACAGUCAGCGUCGAUGGAGCACACGACCAAGUCUGGCCACACCCACCCAAUGCCUGAGCCGCUGCCCGUCCCACUGCCAUCCUUUCCUACUGACCACCCGUCGAUGGCCAUUCUGACUCGUCCGAACACCCUUAAGCGCAAACCAACUCCUGUGUCGGAUGAUCGCAAGGACGACCAUUACUGGGAGCGCCGCAAUCGCAACAACGAAUCGGCCAAGAAGUCGCGGCUGGCUCGCAAGCAGCGCGAAGAAAUAUCCGCCCUUCGUGUGGUCAUGCUGGAAACGGAGAACCAGGUGCUUCGUAGUCAACUGGAUAACGCUCACACUGAGCUGAAGAAACUUCGCUGCCUGCUUUCGUCUUCGUGAGUCCUCUUCCGCAGUCCAGUCAUUCUCAGUGUUUUACGCUCCCUCUUAUGUAAUGCGGAGCGGGUUUACCGUUUAAGUUAUAACUGGAUUUCUUGUUUCUGGGUGUAUUCAAAGCGAAAUUAUGGUAUUUGAUCUGGUUAAGCACUGUACAGCUUUAAAUAGUUGCGCCUUUUUGGCAAUUUACCCGUGUUUGCACUUUAAGUUUACUGUUAACAUAUAACCUUACAGUACCUGAAUUAUUGUUCCCAGGAUUUCAGACUCGAUGACCAAUUUCCAUGUAAAUGUCUCUUGGUAUAACUCAACUGUUUUGUGCAUGGCAGUUUCGGAAAAUAAAGAAAAAGUAGCUG